AUGGUUGUUGAACUCUUGCCUCACGAGACAACCAAGACUUCGGCGGAGAACCUUCGGCGCUUCAUCCAGGAGCUUCACGAUGAGAGUGACCUCGUCUCUGUCAAUGUGGAGGUAGACCCAGAUUUCGAGGUUGCUGCCAUUGCGCGCAGAGUAUACGAGACUGGAGACAAAGCUCCGCUCUUUAACAACCCCAAGGGCUGGGAGGGCAACGGCCUAUUUCGAAUCCUGUGCGCACCCGUGGGCGCCAGCCGCCUGCCCGGUAGACGAUUUAUCAGAAUCGCAAAGUCGCUCGGCCUGCCAUCGACUGCCAGCGGCCACGAAAUUAUCGACAAACUCAACACGACCAAGAGACUCCCCGGGGUUCCGCCAAAACAGGUUGCGUCUGGGCCAGUCAAAGACUUUAGGCUGCUGGGCGAUGAGAUUGACCUGACCAAACUGCCGAUUCCGUACCUGCACCAAGACGAUGGCGGAAGGUUCUUGCAGACUUUUGGCAUGUACGUCGUCAAGAGUCCCGAUGGCUCUUGGGUGAAUUGGUCAAUCACGCGUAGCAUGCUGCACGGCAAGCGAUCGCUAGUCGGACCCAUGAUGCCGCGACAGGACAUUGGAGUCAUCCGGCAGAUGUGGGCGGACCUAGGACAAGACAUGCCCUUUGCUCUGUGCUUUGGGGUACCGCCAGCAGCCAUCAUGGCGAGCGGGAUGCCGCUGCCAAAGGGCGUCAACGAGACGGACUAUAUUGGCGCCUUGACGGGGACUCCCGUCGAGGUGAUCCAAUGCGAGACGAGUGACAUUCUCGUGCCGGCAGACGCGGAGAUUGUGUUUGAGGGAGCCGUAUCCCGCACCGAGACUGCCAGUGAAGGUCCAUUGGCCGAGUAUCAUGGGCUCAUUUUCCCUGGAGAAUCCAAACAUUGUCCAGUCCAAACUAUUAAUGCCAUAACGUACAGAAAGGAUCCCAUUCUGCCCAUUUGUGUGACCGGCAGAGCCCCAGAGGAGAGCGAGACGGUCUGGGGCUUGACAAUUACUGCCGAGGUCUUGAGCAUUUGCCAACAAGCUGGACUCCCCAUCACAAUGGCUUGGAACCCUUUCGAGUCGCAUUGUAUGUGGUGGGUGUUGCAGGUGGACAGACGGCGGCUACGGGCACUCAAAACUAACAUGGAGGACUUUAGCCAAAAGGUCGGUCACACUGUCUUUGGUUCAAAGCCAGGCUACUAUAUCCCCACGGUAUACUUGGUUGGGGAUGACAUUGACCCAACUAAUCUGAAGGAUGUUAUAUGGGCGGCAUCGGGACGUUGUCAGCCCCGGGAAAAUGAGUUCUUCUUUGACCAGUAUCCCAACAUAGGUCUAAUCCCAUACGUGUCACAUGGUGGCAAAGUUGGAGAGCAUCACACCAAAGUGGUCCGCUGUUGCCUGUUCCCAGAGGAAUUUUCGCAAGAAAUCAUGUGGAGGGAGGCUUCUUUCCGUCGAGGAUAUCCCGUCGAGGUUCAAGAAAAGGUUGAGAAGCAAUGGAUUAGCUAUGGUUUCUAG